AUGAGGCCACCCGCUGCUGCCUAUAGAGAUUUUGCAGCCAGACGCAAUCUCUACGAUCGCAUACAAAAACGCCACAACCCGGACCGUAGCGUCCAUUUUGAAGUGGAUGAUGCGAUGGGAGAGGGAAGAGGUGAGAUGAAGCCCCCAGGAAUGUCAUCCGCCUCAUCCUCCCUCCUUCAAUCCUCUUCUCGACCUCCACACGCCGGCCAAGGAAUGCUCUCCAGAAGAAUCGUCGAAGCCCCGAUUUUUCCCGAGCAUUUAUGCAAAAAUCUGCAGCCUCGGCCCAACGAUUCGUCCGAUACGAAAUGCAUUAAAUUGGUGCUGGAAUCGAUGAUCUCGCAAGUAUGCCGCUGGGAUAAACACUAUGGAUGGGCUCGAAAGAUCUACCUGAAGCAGAAUGAGAUCAUGAUAUCCGAGAAUAUUGAUCAUAUCCGAAAGGAGAUCAACAAGAGGAGGAGUGAGCUGGAAUCUCGUGCCGAAGCGGAGUUGGGCGUGUCGGCACCAUGGCGUCGAUCCCGGGGUCGCCCGUCCAAUAAACGCAUCGACCUGAAAAAGGCGAAAGAGCAGCAGCAACAACAACAGCAGAAGAACGCGGAACAGCAGCAGAUGAUCAACCCGGCCGAUAUCAGCCUGUCCGGGGAUGAUUGGGGACAAAAGCCGAUCAAACAGGAAGAGGAGACGGCAAAUGGGGAUAGCCAACGCGCCGAUAGAGAUACCUCCAAAAAGGUGAGCUCUGAUGAUGAGAGCGAUAGCGGUGGAAUUCUGAUGCACAUCCCACCCCACGAAGCACGAUCGAGGGGGAGACCGAGAAAAGAAGAGGGAGAGAGGAGGAGAAAAGAGGCCGAGGAAAAAAUCCGAAAGCUGCGUGCCGAGGGGAGUGACGUGCGGAAUAUGAUCGAUCCCACAGAGCUGCACUGUAUUUGUCGACAACCGUUUGAUGAUAGAAAGUUCUACGUGGCCUGCAGCCAGUGUAGCCAAUGGUUCCACGGAAAGUGUAUAGGACUCAGCGAGAAGAGGGCAAAACGCCUGUGCCAAUUCAUCUGCCACGACUGUCGUGCUCCGGAGAAUGAGGACAGCGAGAUGGAGGGAGAGGCCUUCAAACAAGCCGCACAUCUCGAUGGGGCAGACGAUGAAGAAGUCGAUAUUGAAGGGGAAAUUGAACAAAUGGAGCGAGAACGCGCCCGGAUCCACGUGAAAGAGGAGAGCCAUGAUGGAGGGGAGGAGGAGGAGGAAGAGGGGAAAGAAGAGGAGGAAGAGCCCCUCUACUGUAUUUGCCAUACACCCUAUGAUGAUACCAAAUUCUACGUGGGCUGCGACAAUUGCCCGAAUUGGUUUCAUCCGUCUUGCGUUGGCAUUACUGAAAUUGAAGCGCAGACGGUGGAGAAAUUCCUGUGCCCAGACUGUACGGAUUCCGAGGGGUUGGAACAGCAGCAACAACAACAUCACCAACAAGGACCUAUGGAUGAGAAGCAGAGAAAGCUGCAUUUCCUGUGGGACCUGUAUGAUGCGGUGUCCCAACACCAGAGCGCGUGGCCAUUCCUCGAUUCGAUCGACACGGAAGAGUUCUCGGAUUACGACACUGUCGUCAAGAAUCCUAUUGACCUCUCGAAAAUCGAGCAAAAGCUGUCGAACGGCGCCUACAGCAACCACAUCGAGCUGCAUGCCGACCUGCAGUUGAUGAUCACCAACGCCAAGCAGUACCAUCAGAAGACGUCCGACAUCUACAAAUGUGCGGAGACGCUGGAUGCCGUCAUCAAGAACAAGCUUGACGAGGUCUACAAGCGCAAA